ACUCAUACAUGUCUCUGGUUGCGCUUUGGAAUUAGCAUUCUUACUUAUAUCAUCCCACAUACAGAGGUGAUGAUACAGAUAAUCGGAAUAUUACACAUAGCCAAGAAUGCACGACAUCUCCCAAGAUGCUCCGGGGGAUCGUAAAGUCAUAGACAAAGAGAAGGGCGAGGCCCUCCCCAUCCACAGCAGCGACACGUCGCCCGAUAACGAGUCGUCGUUCGGGAAAGAAGAUGGCGAGGAAUACACAGGCGCUGCCCCUAUAUCUAAAACAGAGUCGAAUGUUGUACGACGGGUUUUAACCCAUCUAUCUGCUAGAACCUCAAAUGUCAGCAUUGGCCCGCCGCCGGAUGGAGGUUUCCACGCAUGGCUUCAAUGCGCCAUGGCCUGUAUGACGGUCACCACAACUUGGGGCUUCGUCAAUUCCUUCGGCAUGUUCCAAUCCUUCUAUGUCGGCUUUCUUGAUCGACCGCCGUCCGACAUCGCCUGGAUCGGUGGUUUCCAGGUCUUCUUCCUCUUCUUCGUUGGUACCUUCAGUGGUCGCCUUGCCGAUGCCGGCUACUUUAAGCAGGUCAUCUUUGUUGGCAGCUUCCUGCAGCUGCUCGGAAUCUUCAUGGCCUCGAUAUCGACGCAAUACUGGCAGCUGAUCCUCUCGCACGGCAUAUGCGUUGGUCUUGGCAAUGGCUGCAUCUUCGCGCCCUCUGUUGCCCUUGUCUCCACCUACUUCUCGACUAAGAAGUCUCUCGCGAUUGGUAUCUCUGCCUCCGGUGGUGCUGUCGGCGGCCUAAUUUUCCCCUCCAUGGUCCAGAACCUGCUCCCCAAAAUUGGGUUCGCCUGGACCAUGCGUUCGCUGGGACUGGUCGACGCCUUCUUCCUGCUUUGUGUCAACCUAUUCGCAAAGCAGCGCGUGCCACCGCGCAAGUCGGGCCAGUUCCUCGACCUACAGUCCUUCCGCGAUAUGACGUACACCCUCUACGGCAUUGGCAUGUUCUUCACUUUCUGGGGCCUAUACUUCCCCUUCUUCUAUCUGUCGGCGUUCGCGCGCGACAACAUCGGCUUCGAUCAGACCAAGUCUAUCAACCUGGUCCUCCUUCUCAACGGCGUCGGCAUCCCAGCGCGCAUUUUCGCCAACUACGUCGCGGAUACCUGGACGGGACCGCUUAACCUCAUGCUCUUCGCAGCCUUGUGUGGCUCAAUCGUCAUGUACACCAUGACUGCUGUCCACGACACCGCCGGCCUAUACACCUGGACCGUCAUCUACGGGAUGCCCGGCGCAGGAGUGCAGUCGCUCUUCCCCGCCGUUCUGGGCUCCCUGACGGCGAAGGACCUGAGCAAGGCCGGUGUGCGCAUCGGUAUGAUCUUCACAAUGGUCAGUUUCGCGGUGCUGUCCGGCCCGCCGAUCUGCGGCGCGCUCAUCACGGCGGGCAAUGGCAGCUACCUGGGCCCGCAGCUAUUCACGGCGUCGUCGAUAUUGCUUGGCUGCGGGCUGAUGUGUGGCGCGCGGUUUGCGACGACGGGGAAGACUAUUAAGGUCAGGAUUUAGGUUGCUGGGGAUGAGACUUUUCUGAGACUGAUUGAUACCCGUGCUUUGUGCUUUGCGGGAUUAUGAUUCAUGCAUGGCGUGGCGUUUUGGGCAUAUUUAUGGAUGGAGCAUACAGCGUUGGAUGGCGCUUUGGAGCGUCAAAAUUUUGCGCGCUGCAUAGCUGAGUGCUGGGUUCCUAGAUAUACAAAGAAGGCAUAUGAGAGAAUAGUAAUAGAUAUAUAAUACAGUAGAUAAUAUCAACAUCAAUAUAAACAGAAUGG